AGAUGGGAUGGCUACCAUUGUAGAAAAGUGCGAGUGCUUUGGGAAUAUGUAUCAAUAGUCCCACUUUUAUAUAGCUACCUGGGCAGGCGAACGCGUUGUCGCCUGCCGUCGUUCUCGUUCCCGUUGCAACCCACCCAGCAACUUAUGAUUAUCUUCUUAAAUCAGUCGGUUCAGUCCCAUUAGACGUUAUUCAACAUGAAACUCGCAGUCUUCAGUACCCAGCCCUACGACCAGCAAUUCUUCGAGCAAUGUCGUGCCGCGAAAGCCCCCCAGACCCUUGAAAUAGCCUACCACAGCUUCCCACUGUCAGCCGAGACAGUGGCUCUCGCUAGUGGCUGCGAAUCCAUUUGUGUCUUUGUCAAUGACAAUCUGACCGAGCCAGUCCUAGAGAAAUUGAAGAUGCUGGGAGUGCGCGCUAUUCUUCUCCGCUGUGCUGGCUUCAACAACGUCGACCUCAAAGCCGCCGAGCGACUUGGCUUCUUCGUUGCUAAUGUGCCGUCAUAUUCUCCCGAAGCUGUAGCCGAAUUUGCUGUGACUUUGGUCCAGACAAUCAAUAGAAAUACUCACCGCGCCUACAAUCGCGUGAGGGAAGGCAAUUUCGCUCUUGAUGGUCUUCUUGGUAGGACGCUCCAUGGGAAGACUGUAGGUGUCAUUGGCACCGGAAAGAUUGGCAUUGCUUUCGCUCGGAUCAUGAAGGGCUAUGGCUGUCGCAUUGUAGCAUACGACGUCUACAGGAACCCAGACUUCGACUCUCUAGGCCAAUACAAGACCUUAGAGGAGGUUCUACCUUUGAGCGACAUCGUGAGUCUACAUUGCCCGCUCAUAGACAGCACUCGACACUUGAUCAACAGCAGGGCGCUCGCGCAGAUGAAGCCUGGAGCGUUGCUGGUCAACACGUCUAGGGGCGGCCUAAUCGAUACAACAGCUGUCAUCCAGGCGCUCAAAAGCAAGCGGCUGAGGGGUCUGGCGUUGGAUGUUUAUGAGGCAGAGGCAGCGUUGUUUUACAGCGACCACUCAUCCGACAUCAUCCAGGACGAUGUCUUUCAGCGACUAAUGACUUUUCCAAAUGUCAUCGUAUGCGGUCACCAGGGCUUCUUUACAGAAGAGGCCUUGGCCGAGAUCGCGGAAGUCACCUUCACUAACCUCGAGGACUAUCGGCAUGGCCGCAUCGGUCGAAAUAAUAUCAUAGGAAGAAACUAGGCGCAGGUCCCGGUCUCAGCGAACAGAACUGUGUUUCCACCCUCCAGCAUUCUCACUUCUGGGCGCAUAUACAAUUCCUCACAGUGCCGUGGAGCACAAAGGAUUUCGUAACUCAUACCAAUUAAAUGCUUCUUCCUCGAAUAUCAUUCUCAUCGCGUGUCGCGUGUCCCCGCAACGAGUUGAGCAGCAAGUGAUGAGUUAUAGGUACCCAAUGAUUAGUGGAAGACAUCCGCUGCCGCCGUCGCCGCCACCAAAUCAGACAU